AGUGCAAUUUAGUGUAUCUAGAGAACCAGUUGUUGUCCUUUUUCUGUGUUGUUAGCUAUUCGUGUGGAAUAUUAAAAUCGCACCAAGAUUACUUGUCGAGAGAAGAUGAAACCGACUCACUUGUUCAUAAUGUUCUUUGCUUUGGUUACCACAACAAGUGGAUCCCGUAGAGGAUCAACUGACUGUGAUUGUGUGAAUCUGGUCUACAUCGACAACCCUAGAUACGUUCAAGACUGCUAUCCAAAAGUUAAAUUUGUAAAUCAAGUCUAUCAGAAUUUUAACAACCUAUACAAUCACCUACUGUUCCAAGGCAUUCGGAGGCGAUGCAAUUUUGCAGAAUAUAAAAAUUUCGUCGAAGGAAUGGAAGUGAGAACGUUACAAAUUGUUGACGCUUUCUUCUCAUGCACUGACGAUGACUGUACUCCCGCAAUAAUGAAAGCCCAUAAAAGAUUUACAGAUUUUAUGAUGAAAUCGUUUCUCCCUUAUACGAUGUGCUCAUUCACCAAUUAUUCACCGGACUGCGCUACAGUUCUCAUGCAAACUCUAUCGCAAGCAUUCGAAAGUGGGGAAAAUAUUUUCACAUCGUUGCUAACGUGUGCGAAAUUGAAAUCUAAAAUGGAACGUGGAAAUAACCCACAAAUGAACUUUCUACAAGCAAUUGCACCGAUUGCCCCGAUUGAAUUUGGAAGACCUCGAUGCAACUGCCUGAAAAUGGAUGACAUACCGAUUCCGAGAAGCGAAAGCGAAUGCUACUCUUCUGACUAUGUUGCUACGCUUAGGAACUUUAUUGAAGUUAAUUUUGAUAGAAUUAGCAGCGCAUACCAAAGCAACAAAAAUCAUCAAUGUGAUUACUUAGACCUUCAAACCUAUGUGGAACAGUUUAAGGCGAAUUCACUAAAAGUUACCAACAUUCUUAUGAAAGUUAGACCAGCAUUCGUUGAAUUGGAUCAAUUGUCACAAGAGAGAGAAGUUUUAGUACUGAACUACGUCCCAGCAAUCAGACAAUACGUAUUAGACAACGAUAAAUCUUGUUACUAUCUUCCAAGGACCGUACGACCAAAUCCAAUGAAAAUAUCAAUGGAAGUUAUUGCAGUCUUAAGUAAAUGUAUUGGAUACCGAGAUCAUUGUUGAUCUUAUGAGUUUGAUGAUGUCAAUUAAAAUUAUACCAAUGG